AUGAAACUACAACACGAUUUUGCUUCCUUUAUCUUCCUCCUCCUAUCCAUUCUGUGUGUUACUGAUGGUUGCCAUGAGGGAAGGGCAGCUCUGUUGAACUUUAAAUCCUCUCUUGCAGACCAUUCAAAUCGCUGGUCUUCAUGGCAAGGGCAAAACUGCUGCAGCCGGUUUGGCAUUCGGUGUUCAGACUUACUGCAUGCUAUAGCUGUCAACCUCCGGAAUCCCAAUCCAGACAGCUUCAUACUCAACAUCAACUCACAACUUGUUUCCACUUCAGACUCCAAGACUAGUACUGCUGUUCAGGGUACUAUUUCUCCAUCUCUCUUCAGCCUUCAUCAUCUCCGCUACCUUGACCUCAGUUUUAAAGAUUUCAUGUUUUCAAAGUUGCCUACUGGAUUCUCAAAUCUCACAAGGCUCACUUACCUCAGCCUUGAAAAUGCUAUGUUUAGUGACUCCAUUACAACCCAGUUUGCAAACCUCACUUCUCUGAGAUGGCUGGACCUUUCUUGUUCCUUGAAGAUAGUUGAUGAGUCAUCUAUUUCAUAUAAUUUGACAUCUUCAUUAAGGGUGACGGGUGGUUUGCUUUCUAGUUACAUCUAUUUUGGCCAUAUUUCUUCCUCGAAUUUAGAUUGGUUGUGGGGGCUUCGCAAUCUCAGGGAACUAAGAUUGAGUGGUGUUGAUCCAUCCAAGGCAUCCCAAUCAUCCAAAUGGGCUGAGCCAUUAUCUAUUCUUUCAGACCUCAGGUUGCUUCACCUCUCCAAUUGUGGAGUUUUUGGCAUGGUUCCAGUAAACCAGUCUCAACUUCAUCUCCAUUCUCCGAGAAUGGAUUUCAACUCUCUUGCCUCUGCCAUCCCAAAAGAGCUAGCAAAUCUAACUGCCCUUUCCGUCCUUGAUCUUUCUAGUGCUAAUCUACAUGGUUCAAUCCCUUUCCUUCCUCAAUUGCAAGAACUUUAUGUGGGUAACAACCUAGAUAUCGCCAUUAACCUAAGUUCAAUGUUUGCAGUCCCUUGGACCCAUUUAGAAAGACUUGAUAUUCAGUCUACUCAAGUUAUUGGAUCUAUCCCAGCUUCAUUCACCAACACCACUUCAUUGGUUCAAUUCACUGCUCGUAACUGUGGAAUUCAGGGGUCUGUUCUUUCUUCCAUGGCAAACCUUUCAGAGUUGGAAAUAUUACAGCUUGAUUUCAACUACAUAACAGGUCAUCUUUCACAGUUAUUCCAGAAUUUGAACAGCCUUCAACUUGUGUCUUUAAUGGAAAAUUCUCUUGAUGGUCCAAUCCCAGAUUCAAUUUGCAAGAUCUCCUCACUUUCAAUGUCUUCUUUUGGCUUUCAAUUCUCUCACAGGAAGAUUAGCUGA